UUGUUGUUGCCGCCUCCGCCGUUGCCAUGACGGACCGCUACACCAUCCACAGCCAGCUGGAGCACCUGCAGUCCAAGUACAUCGGGACGGGCCACGCGGACACGACCAAGUGGGAGUGGCUGGUGAACCAGCACCGGGACUCCUACUGCUCCUACAUGGGCCACUUCGACCUGCUCAACUACUUCGCCAUCGCCGAGGACGAGAGCAAGGCCCGCGUCCGCUUCAACCUCAUGGAGAAGAUGCUGCAGCCCUGCGGGCCCCCCGCCGACAAGCCCGACGAGUCCUGAGGCCGAAGGAGGAGCGCCAGAGGGAGGGCGGGAAGUGGCGCC